UUGAUAAAACGAUACGGCGCGAUCAAGUCGAUGGCUACUCGGAUCUUUCGGAUGAAACUACUGGUGAUUUGCAACACAUCUCGUAGCAUACUUCGACCUACGGCACAAAACCUGAUCCGAAUCAGCUGAGUAAUUCCCGCGCGAAUCGAUAACAGCCGGAUUGGAAGCUAGUUUGAAUAUGCUGUACCUUCAGUAUUAAAUGGCUAUGUCGGUAAAAGUUAGUCACAUGCCACAUUUGUAGACAUAUGAGUUGAAAUUUUCUUAUGGGGCGUUAAACGGUAGAAUCAAAUUACGUGAUUUGUAAGAAAAUAUUUAGGUUUUUUUUCGUGUGAAUCUUCAUCCACUUUGAAGAAAAAAUUAUCAAAAACACGUUUCGCGUUGUUCGUCGUCUCUCGUUAGUAAGCUUAAUGUAACUUCUUUCUAUGUGAUUUCAAACGGUAGUCUGGUACAACUACAGUAUUCGUUGGUGGCUACAAAGUAUAGUGUGAAAAGCUAUUGUUAUAGUUUUCCUAUUAAAUUUAUAGUUUAACGAUCAACCGCCAUCCACUGGAACGCAAUGAAAUUUUGCACUUAUUAAGUAUAUUCAAAUUAGGUUGACGAUAGUGUUGCUGCGCAAACGAGGUGCAACAAUUAGUCGGAGGCAGUAUUGCACCCACCACCACCUACCGUCUAUGUGAACGCAUGCUGUUUUCAAAACAAAACGCUCAGAAAGAUCAAUAGUAGUAAUUUUUACUGAUUGCUGUAUAUUCUAAUCGGAAGGGAAAGAAAACAAACAUCUGCUCGUCUACAUAGGAUGGUAGAAGGUGAAAACGAUUCCAGUAAUUCAAAGUAUAUCGAUGUAAAGGACGACAGAGUAGCAAACGGCGUCGGUUCCAACGAGCAUCCGCAUAGCGUCGUAGUUCCGCUGGAGAAAAUAAGCAAAGCGGAUCACAUCCACCAAACUGGACUUCAGAUUGCCGCCUCGAAGCAACAGGACAAGUCGUCGCUCGAUCCGGAGCGAGGCUACUCCGGCAAGGCUGACUUCGAGCAGGCGAUAGAACUUACUGGUUAUGGCAGAUUUCACUACAUCCUACUAGCAAUAUGUGGUCUCGUAAGUACCAGCGAGGAGAUGGAUGUCAUCUCGAUGUCCUUCAUCCUACCAUCGGCCCAGUGCGAUCUCGACCUGAAUACUCAGUCCAAAGGAUGGCUCAAUUCGAUUAUCUUCAUUGGCAUGAUGGUUGGAGCCUAUGUCUGGGGAAGCGUUGCCGACUCGCUGGGUAGAAAAAAAGUCCUGAUCGUCAUCUCGGUUAUGAAUGCACUUUGUAUCGUAGCAUCUUCCUUCUCGCAGACAUACGAAGUAUUUAUGGUAUUCCGUUUCCUCAAUGGUGCAGCGCUGGGUGGCAGUGGACCGGUUAUAUGGUCCUACUUUGCAGAGUUCCAACCGAAAGCAAAACGAGGUUCCAUGCUUAGUUUCAUGGCUGCUUUCUGGACUAUUGGAAAUCUACUCGUUGCUGGUUUAGCUUGGCUUAUUAUCCCAACCAGUAUCGGUAUCUACACUCCUACCUUCACCUUCAACUCCUGGCGUAUCUUCCUUAUGGUGUGCUCUAUUCCGUCAUUCAUUGUGGCAGCGCUUCUUCUUUAUCUACCAGAAUCUCCCAAGUUCCUUAUUUCUCAGGGUAAAACAGAUAAAGCUAUGGCCAUCUUCAGAGGCAUCUACGUAACAAACACAGGAAAGUCACCUGACCUGUAUCCCGUCAAAGAAAUUCUCAUUGACGAAAAGCUCAGAAAUGAAUUGGAAGAAGUGAAAAAACCUAUCAAAAACAAGUACAAACGAAUGCUGUAUAACAUCAUGGACAACAGCAAACAGUUAUUCGUCUCACCGAUUCUCAAGUUUACCACAAUCUCUAUUACGAUCAACUUCACGUUCCAUAUCGGUUACUAUGGUCUUAUGAUGUGGUUCCCGGAGCUUUUCAAUCGUUUCGAUGAAUACCUAAGAGCCCAUCCAGAUGUGGAAAGCGCCUCGGUGUGCCAAGUGACAGACUAUGUUGUUCAAGAAGGAUCACAUUCCGAUACUGGCGUUUGCUCAGCGUCCAUCCCAAGUACGGUAUUUAUGGAGUCACUUAUCACUGUCGCCGCAGCGCUUCCAGCCAACAUAAUCGCCGUUCUGGGCAUGGAUAAACUAGGCAGAAAGUUCUUCCUGGUAUUCAGCACCAUGGCAGCUGGUUUCUGUUCUGCCUCAAUGUAUUUCGUCACUAAUAAGACCCAAAAUCUAGCCGUAUCGGCCGUUUUCAGUGGCGUCAUUUCGAUGGGUAAUGCGUCAUUGGACUGUUUAAUAACUGAAGUCUUUCCAACGAAUUUAAGAGCUACGGGUGUGGCUAUAUCAAUGGUAGCAGCUCGGCUUGGCGGUAUCAUCGGCAACGUCGUAAUUGCAACACUAUUGGAUAUGUACUGUCCGGCUCCAACGUUUAUCGUGGCUGCUUUGCUGGCUGGAGGCGGCCUGAUGUGCCUGUUCUUGCCCAAUACCACUAGGACCGCUUUGUCCUAAACAUAAAACCCGCCAUAGAAAUGAAAAUCAAUCUUUCAAAUAAUUUGAAACACCCGAUUAUCUUGAAAUAGCCUUAUUAGAAUUUGGUUAUAAUAUCAAAGCCUUUUACAAGUUUUUCUACAAGAAAAUAUUUCAGUUAAACCUAACCUCAACCACUAGUUUCUACAUGUUAUUAUGUAAAAUAUUUGUAUCACUGUAUAGUUAUUAACAUAGAGCAAUAUAACUUAACUUAAAAAUGUUGAGAAAUAUUUUUAAUUUACAAGAAAAAUAAAUGUUGCAAUGUUUAAACUAGAA